GCUCUGCCAGCAACAGCAGACCCGCACAGAUAAACACACCAAACCAACCACCUGUCACUCGGCACCCCCUCUCUGCGCAGACGUCGACGGACGACGCAUCCUCCACGCGACAGCGAGGUUCCCGCGUGCCAGUCUCCGCAGUCUAGUGCGAUGCGCGUCCGCACCGUGGCGCUGUUGUCGCUGCUCCUGGCGCUGCUGCAGGUGUGCCGCGGGCAGCCGGCGCAACAGCCGACGCCCACAGGGAGCCUUGCGGCGCUGGUGUCGGCGCUGCCAUCAGCCAAUGGCGGCCCGGACGGGGAUUCCCCUGUGAGCCUCACCAGGGACAAGCGCUCCCCCUACCACAUCAUCAAAGACUGCGUAACGGUGACUUCGGAGGGAGGCCAGUUCUUCUACAAGGCGGGCCCGCCCCCGCCGCCCCCGCACGGCGUCCUGACGCCCGGCGCCGCCCCCGAGGUGCCGGUGUGCGGCGUCUACCUGCUGGCAGACCCCGACAGGGCCAUCGAGGUGCACUUCGACUUCCUGGACGUUCCCUGCGAGACCGGAGGGCUCGUCUCGUUCGUGGACGGCUGGGAGCUGAACCGGCAGUUCUUCCCGUCGCUGGAGGACCACCCCAAGCCGCUGGAGCUGCGCUACCGCGAGUUCUGCGGCACGCGCAAGGUGAAGGAGGUGUUCCGCUCCUCGCAGAACGCCGCCCUCAUCCAGUACCGCGUACCGCAGCGGGACAAGGGCUUCAGCUUCACCGUCCGCUUCAUCAAGAACCCCACACCGUGCAACAUCCUGCUGGAGGGCGUGUCCGACGUGUACACGCUGCGCAACUACGGCCGGCGGGUGAACUGCACGCUCAGCACGCUGUUCCCCGCCUCGCUCAAGGUGCUCUCCCUCAGCGUGGGGCUGGCCGGCGCCGGCAACAAGAGGAGCGACCUCGCAGCCGCCUCCGGGGGCGCCGCGCCGCCCCCGCCGCUGGGGGCGGGCUCCGGCCUGCUCGAGAUAGAGACCGGCACCAUACACAGGUGUGAGAACCGCGGCAUGCCGGACUACGUGCAGUUGGGCGGCUCAGAGGGACUGGACACGGCCGCCCUCAACGUGGCCGACUCCAUCUGCGGAAUGGACUCCAAGCCAGGAAGCACUGAGGAGACAAUCUUUUGUGGCGUGACAGCAGUGCGCCUCGUGUCGAGUGGUGACUUUGACAAUGCAGUGACAGUGUCGGUGCGCCAGGCGGCAGAGGACGAUAUCCCGGCCGCAACACUAGUGUGUGGCCUGUAGAGAGCGACCGCCCCUUUUGCAACCCCUGCACGACCCCGCAACUCCAGCCUCCGCAGCUGCACGACUGCUGGUCCUCAUGUAAGCCGCCAUCCCUGUAGAGAGUGAAUGACCCUACAACGAGAAGAAGCGCAUCCCGUGUCCUAGAAUAUGCAAGGAAGCUGUCAGAGAAAACCUGCUACUCAGAUGUCAAAUUAAGAUACAUUUUGUUUUACAGUAACCACUGCUGCAAUAUGAUAAGGUGUAUGUCAUUGUUAGAGAGUGUAGCAUUGUGUCCAGUUCCUGUAGUAAUACAAAUUAAUAUAGGACAUUACAUUUAUCUUCUGUAAGUCAUUUUUCUUUGGAAAUUUUUCCAUUCAGAAACAAAAUUAUUAGUUUCACAAAUAGUUUAUGAGACCUCAGUGAUUUCAGUGUGUUGUCCACUAAAAUGUGUUUACUACUUUUCAGUUGGUACUGCUUUCUCCAAGUUUUACUUUAUUUACUGAUUUAUCAGAUUUUUGUGACUGUCCAAUAUUUUGAUAUUUUUCCCUGUAUAUCUUUAGUUUUAAAACCAAUAAACACUAUUAGAGCAUAGCUCCUGGAGUUUCCAUGUUGAAACUUCCAUUUGUUUUAGAAAGGUAAUUCCAUCACUAAAUGUAAUAAGACUGAACGUUACCUCACUACCAAUUCUGCUAUGUUGCUUUCUUAGGAUCACACGGCAGUCUCUCUUGCAAUUGUACAUUUCAGUA